AUGCCUAUUGACUACUCUAAGUGGGAUAAAAUCGAAAUUUCUGACGAUUCUGAUGUUGAAGUUCAUCCAAACGUUGAUAAGUCUUCCUUCAUCAAGUGGAAGCAAAGAGACAUCCAUGAAAAACGUCAACAAAGAAACAUCGAGAUCAAGUCUAUUUUGGUCCAAUUAACCAUGUAUGUUAAACUUAAUGAAAGAGUUGACUAUAUUUUAAAAAAUGCCACUGAUGAUCAAUUACUUGACAACGCUUUCAUCGUAAAGGCAAUCAACUCGAAGUUUGAUCCAAAGGAGAAAUUUAGCUAUGAAAAGUUGAAGGAGGAGAAGGGUUCGGAGUUGAGAAAAGGACUUCGUGACUUAACGUUUGACGCUGAAGAAAUUGACAACACUCCUUGUUACAAUGAGAUGAUAGAAGAUUUGUUCAUUCAGAUCAAGGAAGAUCACGAAGAUGCUAGGAAUGAUGGAGCUAGGAUCAGGGAAUAUGUGAAGGAACAUAGAACAAAGAUAGACGACGUUUUGCUGAAGCUGACAAUUAAACUAGAUGAUCUAUUGUACCAAAAGUCUAUGUUAGUUACUAGUGAAGACCUUCACACCGGAUUUGACAAGACAUUUAUGAAUAAGUCGACUGAUGAGCCGGAAACCAGUGCUGAACAGCCAACAGUAGCAAAGGAAGCGCCACCAGCUACCGAGUCGUCUGAAAAGACAAACACCAUUAAGAAUACACCACUGCCAUCUAGUAAGUCUGAAGCUUCCAGGUCAGACCCAGCUGCAUUACCUAGUGCUUCUGCUCCUGUUGCUUCUACUCCUUCUAACACUGUAGUUGCCGCUCCUACGGCUGAUACUACACCUUCUUCGGAGUCGGAUGAAUUAACUAUACAUCCUGAUACACUUGCCUACUCAAAAAUCACCUCAGUUCAAGCUUCGGCCGAAUUUCUUAUCAGACACACUUACAUUUGUACAGAAGAGCAGAAAGAUGCCCUCUUGAUGUCCGCAUUUGAUGCACAGCUUUCUGGAGAUUCUGCACUUGCCCUUCGUGUAAUUCAUCAGUCCUUAAUCCUUCAAUACGUUGCCCAGUUAGCUGGUCCCAAACCCCCAAGAGAUCAAACAAUAAAGGCAAUCAAAUUGUUCUGCGGUAAAAUUGCAGAUAAGUCAACCCCAGCUAGUAAUGGAUUCUUACAAGAUGUUCAAAAUACAUUCAACCAUAUUGUACAAAGAUGUGAAGUGAUCAAGGCAGAGCACGCAUCUGGUGGUACUGAUGGCGAUGAAGGUGAAGCUCAAAUUCAACUUAAAGCUCUUGAUGAUGAUACCCAACUUCUGGUUAAUCUCCCAGAACCGAACACUCCUCAAUAUGAAAUCUUCACGACCCAAAUACCAGUGGAGAUGCAGACGGCAGUGAAGACAGGCUCUUUGGAUGAGGUCAAUAAAGUUUUCGCAUCCAUGAAAGUAGAGGAAGCCGAGCAUAUCUUGGAAUUGUUUGAUCAAUGUGGUGUCAUUGGUAUCAAUGCAUAUUUGGAAGAUGAAAAUGAAUUUAAGCAACUUCAAGAUCAAUACAACGAAAACUUACACCUUAAGGAAGAAGAUACUGAAAAGUUCACCCAAGAGUAUAAUACAGUUGAUGAAGUUGAUUGA